AUCGUGAAGGGUGUAUGUCCUUAUCCUUCUGGUGACAUGCUUUCCUACUACUUACCUCAGGUUGCACCUGAACAGUUAUUUUUGCCUGUGAAGUCUAGAAAUUCAGAGCUCCUAGGCUGAUGAGAGAAGUUGUGAUCCCACAAGCAUUUUCAGGUGGCCUCCUGGUAUCAUCUGUUUGCAUCGUGCACCCUGCUCCAGCACUGGUCUGUGUGUACCAAAUGAUUCUAGGUUCUUAUGCAAAGGUCAGUGAGGUUUCUCAGUGCCACUUCUAUGUCAAGGGUGGGUUUGCUUCAGCAUACUGCUCAUAAGUUAUUGACUCCAGUGUUACGUAGCAGUGCUGUGAGCAAAGAUUACUUCAUGCCUUCAUAUAGACAGCAUCCUCUGUUUCUUGCCCUGAUAGUCUUGAUUCAUCUGUAGUGUGGAUUUAGAUGCUGACCAAAAUAACAUAACUAAUGGACAUUGUCUUUGAAAUAUUCUACAUAAUUGAAGUUAAUUUUAUUUACACCGCAGAUCUCCUCUGUCAUGAUUACUAGGGAAAUUUCUGGGCUGGCUGCAUCAGUUCACUUUCAAGUGAAUGUUGCUUUGACUAUCAGAAGCUUGGACCAGUCUCUCCUAUCAUUUUAAUGCGUCUAUUUGUUAUGCUGGUGUUGUACUUGACCAGAAUAACACCUGUAAGUGCUGGAAUCGGAAAGGCCUGGGCUGCUGAUAAAGUUAAUGGCCUGUACUUGAAUGACAAUCCCAAAUAAAGAAAACCUGAAUGAAUGCACUUCUUGAUUUGUGAACAGUUUAAAUAACAUAAUUACAGAGGCUGGCAAAAGAGCUGGCAUUCCAGGUUUAUCUGCUGUUGGGCUGUGCUUUAAUGUACUUUCUUGAGGCAUGCUCUGUCUCUAAUUUGUAAAAAUAAGAUCCUGGUAUGACUAGUUCUCUACAUGAGUAUUCCUUAGUCUUCUGUUGUCUCACCUCAGGAUUUUCAUAUAGUGAUUUGGGUUUUUCUACUCUUUCAUACAUCUGAGGCAUAGCUGAGGCUGUGCUUGUGCUGCCGGCCCCCGAAGGCCUGACCUCCUGGACCCUGUUGUGUCCAGGCUGUAGGACUGGAUGGGAUAACACAGCCCAGAGAGGUGGGAUGUGCAGCCUUGUUCUGUGGUGAAUGAAACCAACCUGGUUUGCUGCAGUGAGAAGGGCAAGAAACUUUCUAGUUGGGAAUUAACUGCAAACCUUCAGUUGGUUUGGAAUGUGGGGCUCUGACUGGGCUUGAUCUUUGUGCUGCUUUUAGCUGGGUGCCUGCGUGUUGAAGUUUGCUAGUAAAGAGGAUGGAAGCAGAAGUCUUGGUAACUGUGUGGUCUUUAAGAUGUAAAAAUAAACAAAGCUGCGAAGCUGUACCCUACUUAAAACAGAUUGACCUAAAUUUCCAGCAAUUCUAGCAGUGAGGCAGGCUCUGGGUAGGGAUAAAGUCUUAUUGGUGACUGGCUUCUGGUCCGUUCAUCACUUGACAUGCUUGGCAGGCCACUUUUGGAAAACCUCCGCUGGUGUCUGGGGACAUUCACUCCCACCUUCCACCUUGAGUUGCACAACCUGGGCUGUGUAUUUCUCUUGAUGUGCUUGUGUUGAGAGGGUCCCCUUAUGCAAGUCAGCAGUUCAGGGACAGGGAAGUCAACACAAGAACCACUUCUCAAAUUGCUUUUGUUGGGGCGUUGUUAAAAACAUGUUUGAUGUCCUCUGGCUUGUCCCUGAAGAGAUUUCUUUUGAGGGGAGAUAAGAGGAGGUAAAUCGUGUAUGCUUUCAGCAGCCUUCUGUUAAACUUGGAAUACCAUAGUUCAAGCAAUUGAACAGAUGGAUAAUGGAGACUGGGGCUAUAUGAUGACUGAUCCAGUCACGCUAAAUGUGGGUGGACACAUGUAUACGACAUCCCUCACAACUCUAACAAGAUAUCCUGACUCAAUGCUUGGGGCCAUGUUCAGGGGAGACUUCCCCACUGCCAGGGACUCUCAGGGCAAUUACUUUAUUGACAGAGAUGGACCACUUUUCCGUUAUGUUCUGAACUUUUUAAGGACCUCAGAGCUCACUUUGCCACUGGACUUCAAGGAGUUUGACCUGCUGCGGAAGGAAGCAGACUUCUAUCAGAUUGAACCACUCAUUCAGUGUCUUAAUGACCCCAAACCACUGUAUUCCAUGGAUACCUUUGAGCAGGUGGUGGAGCUGUCCAGCACCCGGAAGCUUUCCAAGUACUCCAACCCAGUGGCUGUAAUAAUCACACAGCUCACUAUCACCACAAAAGUCCAUUCAUUACUGGAAGGCAUUUCAAACCACUUCAUAAGGUGGAAUAAGCAUAUGAUGGACACCAGGGACUGCCAGGUUUCCUUCACUUUUGGGCCGUGCGAUUACCACCAGGAAGUGUCACUUAGAGUCCACCUCAUGGAGUACAUCACAAAGCAAGGCUUCACGAUCAGGAAUACCAGAGUGCAUCAUAUGAGUGAACGGGCUAAUGAGAACACAGUGGAGCAUAACUGGACUUUCUGUAGACUGGCAAGGAAAACAGAUGACUGAUUCUGGCUCCCAUUAGCAACGUCACUGGACAGUAAUCCCAAGAGAGUCUGGGUUUUGACUAAAGCAACAAUGUGGGCUUCUUUUUAUAUGACUAUUUAUUGUUUUUCAGUAAGGACUGGAGGAGUUCCCUUCUCCAGCAGCUCUGUUCUUUUGUCCUGUUCUGAAAAGAAAACCAUGCAUGUGCCUGUUCAGUCAAGACACCUUUUUGUUUGAAAGAGGGAGUCCGAAGAAUUAGUCCAAUAAGGUAUUUUAUGUCAUUAACGCAAUUCUCUGACUCAAAAGUGCUAAAAUUACCUCUGUUUAAAUGAUUUCUAAUCCAUCUAACAUGAUGACACUGGGAGCAAGAAACAAAAAAGAAUUUAAAAUGCAGUUGGGGAAAAGCUGCUAUCAUUUAGUCUAAUUUAGUUUCUAAAUAAAUAAACAGUAUUGUAAUAUUCUAGGAAAACAAAUUCCUCUCUUUUAAAAGUACUUGAUAAGUACAGUUUCUUAGAGUUAUGACAACUGUUUCUUUCUAUGCAUAUAAGUCAAACAACCAAAUAUUAUCUGUAGCCAUGGAAAUAUGAUUAGAAAUAUUUAUAUUGGAUUCUAAAUGCAAAAUGUCCCUGUGGUAGAAUUAAUAUUUUUAAUGCCUGGUGCAAUAUUAUUCCCAAGUGUAAUGCCUGCCAACAAGAAGCUAAUAAAAAUGUGAAAUACAGAA